GGAGGCGCGGCGGCCAAGAUGGCGGCGGCGGCGGGCUGUGCGUGAGCUCUCCCUCGGCCCUCCCGGCCCAGGGCGGGCCCCCGGAGCGGCACCGAGCCGAGCCCAGCCGGCAUGUGCGAGACCUACUCGCGGUGGCUGCUGCGGGUGUCGGUGGCGCAGAUUUGCCAGGCGCUGGGUUGGGACUCGGUGCAGGUUUCGGCCUGCGACCUCCUCACCGACGUGCUGCAGCGGUACCUGCAGGGGCUGGGCCGGGGCUGCCACCGCUACUGCGAGCUCUAUGGCCGCACAGAUCCGAUUUUGGAUGAUGUAGGUGAUGCCUUCAAGCUCAUGGGGGUUAACCUGCACGAGCUGGAAGAUUAUAUACACAACAUCGAACCCGUCACCUUCGCCCAUCAAAUCCCUUCGUUUCCUGUCAGCAAGAACAAUGUCCUGCAGUUUCCCCAGCCGGGGAGUAAAGAUGCAGAAGAGAGGAAGGAGUACAUCCCUGAUUAUAUGCCACCCAUUGUCUCCUCUCAAGAAGAAGAGGAAGAGGAACAGGUGCCCACCGAUGGAGGUACAUCAGCAGAGGCCAUGCAGGUCCCACUGGAAGAAGAGGAAGACAUGGAAGAGGAUGAGGCAAUUAAUGAUGAGAACUACUUGAGCAAGAGACCAUUAGAAAGUCCUGAUGCUGAGGAAUAUCCACCUGUGAAACGGCCAAAACUGUCCGUUUCCAAAGGGGAUGCCUUGGAUGGAGCUUUGGAACCACGUGAGCCUCUUAGCUCAAUAAAUACACAAAAAGUACCACCAAUGCUUUCUCCAGUUCAUGUUCAGGACAAUACAGACUUAGCCCCUCCUUCACCGGAACCACCAAUGUUGGCUCCCAUUGCAAAAUCGCAAGUGCCAACCCCUAAAACUGUAGAGUCAAAGCCGUUUGUACCCAAAACAAAGUCCAAAACAAGUUCUCCAGGACAGAAGACAAAAUCACCUAAAACUACGCCCUCACCAGUGGUAACUGGAAGUCCUAUACGUUCACCAAAAACUGGAUCCAAAGAAAAAAAGUCACCGGGUCGCGCCAAGAGCCCAAAAAGUCCUAAAAGUCCAAAGGUUCCUGCUCAUGUUCCCCCACCACCUGUCAAGCCUGAAACACCAAGUAGAACCCCUGUGGCUGCAUUAAGUGACAAGAUAGGGAAGGAAAACAUUCAAGUGAAACAAGUACAGACACCACCUGAACCUGCCCCCAAGCCAAAUAUUGAAAACCAGGCUAAGAAACUACCAGUAAUGGACAAGACCAUUGAUGAUUCAAUCGAUGCUGUGAUUGCUCGUGCGUGUGCGGAGCGAGAACCGGAUCCCUUUGAGUUUUCCUCCGGUUCCGAAUCCGAAGGGGAAAUUUUUACCAGUCCUAAAAGACUUUCUAUUUCAGAGGCUCCAACUCCUAAACCUUCUGUUUCUGCCAAUAAUGCGAAUAAGGCAGGAGCAACUCCAAUACCUCCCUCAGGUGGGACUUCAAGUUCAGACAUUUCAUGGACAAUGGAUGACUCGAUCGAUGAGGUCAUUCGAAAGGCAAACAUGGGGACACCUUCUAAUCCACCUACCAACUUCACUUAUUUCUCUUCUCCUUCCGCUUCACCGCCAACUCCAGAACCUCUUCUCAAAGUCUAUGAGGAGAAAACCAAGUUGGCUUCCUCGGUAGAAGUGAAAAAGAAAUUGAAAAAGGAACUGAAGACAAAAAUGAAGAAGAAAGAAAAGCAGAAGGAAAAAGAUAAAGAGAAAAACAAGGAGAAGAGCAAGGAGAAGGAAAAGAACAAGGAGAAGGAUAAAGACAAGGAAGGAAGCAAGGAAGCGAAAUUUCAGUGGAAGGAACUACUCAAAGAUGAUGAUCUUGAUCCAUAUAAAUUCAAACUAAAGGACUUUGAGGAUGCUGACACAAAAGUAAAGUUGAAAGAUGGCAAUACCAAAAAAGAGAGAGAAAAACAUAAAGAUAAAAAGAAAGAGAAAGAGAAAGGCAAAAAAGACAAGGAUAAGAAAGACAAAGAGAAACUUAAAGAUAAGGGUAAGGAAGAUAAGAUAAAGGCUCCAUCAGCACCUCUUGUGAUACCUCCCAAAGAAAUGUCUUUGCCCUUGUUCAGCACACCAGCUGCCAUGAGGCUUCCCAGCAUGUUACCUUCCUUGUCUCCAAUGCUUCCUGAAAAACUCUUUGAGGACAAAGAGAAACCAAAAGAGAAGAAGAAAGACAAAAAAGAGAAGAAGAAAAAGAAAGAAAGGGAGAAGGACAAAGAAAAGGAAAAGAAGGAGAAGGAAAAGGAGAGGAAAGAAAGAGAAAAGAAAGAGAAAGAAAAAGAGAAACACAAACAUGAAAAGAUAAAGGUGGAACCAGUUGUUCCGGCUCCAUCACCGGUUAUUCCUCGGCUGACACUGAGAGUGGGUGCAGGCCAAGACAAGAUAGUCAUCAGCAAAGUGGUACCAGCUCCAGAGGCCAAAAACUCUACUCCAGUCAGCCGGCCCAAAACACCUCCGCCCGUGCCGUCACCUGUACCAGCUCCCGUUCAUGUCACCCCUCCUCCAGCCCCAGCUCCUCCUCCUCCCCAGGCUACCGUCUCGCCGGUCCUCAUCCCACCACCCUCUCCAGCCGUCUCAGCAGCAGGAGGCUCCAAAGCUCCAGUCAGGAGCGUGGUGACUGAGACCGUCAGUACUUACGUGAUCCGAGACGAGUGGGGCAACCAGAUCUGGAUCUGCCCUGGCUGUAACAAGCCAGAUGAUGGCAGUCCAAUGAUAGGUUGUGACGGCUGCGACGACUGGUAUCACUGGCCCUGCGUGGGGAUCACGACGGCGCCCCCGGAAGAGAUGCAGUGGUUCUGCUCCAAGUGCGCCAACAAAAAGAAGGAUAAAAAACACAAGAAGAGGAAGCACAAGGCUCACUGAGGACCCCGUAGGGGACUCAGGUCCCGCUCACCCACCCCACCACGGCAGCGCAGCCCCCUCGGGGUUUGGGGGGGACCCAGCCACCUCGUGUCUCCCCCGUCGGGGACUCUGGAGUGAAUCGGGGGUUGGGAGGGAUGAGGAGAAGUUCUCCGGUGCCUUUGGCAUCCCGGCCGAGCCCCAGGGGUUGGAUUUUUGGUACAUUCUGAUGCUGUCUCUUUUUUCGCCCACCGAGGGCAAUUUGCACAGAGCGUUAACGAAGACUUGGGCAGUUGAUGGGACACCGCUCCCCGCGGCUCGGCAGCGGCCAAGAUGAAUGUUGUAAAUACAGAUUCCUGUCUUAUUCCUCCCCGAUUUGUCACAAAUCCCUCUGGAACCUUUGCAGCAAGGUGCCCGGGAGGAGGAGAAAAUGUAAAUUGCAGUAAGUUGUAAACUGAGGAGACCCUUCUGGAACGAUUUCUGUAGCCUGGGUGCAGUUCAGCCUCUACCCCCCCUCGCUGAGCCAGAUAAUCAUAACGUGGAAAUAAAAGAAGUGGCUGGUAAAUAUUUUUGUGAUGAGAAUAUAUGAAGCUUUUUUCCUUGAUUUUUAGUACUAACAUAAAAUAAACACGUUCAAGCUUUUGUGAUAUAUCUUCUAUUUUUUAAAGAAAAAGGAAAGUUUCUAUUGUGUCGAUUUUUUUUUUUCUCCCGUGUGAAUUUAUUUCGGUGGACCUGUAAUAUAUUUUAUACUUUGGGUUGUGUUUUUGUUUUUGUUUUUUUUUUUUCGCUGGUUUGUUUUUUUAAGUCUUUGUCAACGUACCUUUUCAUCGCUUGUACAUUUCAUUGGUGUGUAAAAACACUUCCCAUUAAAAAGACGUUUCCCACCUGUGAAUACCUGAUAUUUAUAAAUAAGUAAUUUUUUUAAUUUUUUUUUUUAAAAUUCUUUUUUUAGGGCUUGAGGAGUUUUAUUUUUUUGGGGGGGGGGGCAGAAUACCAACCUAGCAGCUAUUAAAAGCCCGUGGGACGCGACGCCUGGCCUUAUGGCUUUAAGGGAUUGGCGAGCUCUGCCCCAGCGGUGCGAGGAGGAGCACGGGGAGGCGGCCAGCGCCGUAAUUAGGAACUCGAUUCAGAUACUUAAACAUGUGGUAACUUCUUAAGAAGUGAGUAAUCCUAUUGCCUUCAAGGAGCCUGUUCCCACACUUGUUUAAAUGCCUUCUGAAUCGCCAGCUUAGGCCAAGGGGGGGCUCCACACUUUUACCGGUAGCUACAGGGUGUUAAGCUGUAGCUGAGCCUUUUUUUUUUUGCUUUUUUAGCCAGUUUUGCCAAAAUCACCGAGCUCCCCUUUAGAUGGAGGAGAUGUGCUGAGGCCAGAAGGUGUGUUAACUCUGCUUUGCGUAUCAUAUAGAAUCAUUCAGGUUGGAGGAGACCCUUGGGAUCACCGAGUCCAACCAUCUAAGACCCGUCAAGUGAAUACAAAUCGUAUUCCUCGUUGAAAAAUGAAGGGGAAAAUUGCAGAGAAAAAAAAAAAAAAAUAAAAGAAGGCAGUAUUCAAUAUUGUAGUGCAAUGCAUCUCAGAGCUAAAUAAAAUAUAAGAAUGAAUCCAGAAAAAAAAAAUCUAUACCUUUUGUUUACGAAGCCAUAGGGAACAUUCAGACUUCGUUGGUUAAUUUGGGGAUAUUUCUACUUUAAACCAUACAGUGAGAACCAUCUGAUGUUUGAGACUAUGGCCCUUUCACCUGUUGCGUAGGUAUUAAGCGUUAUUUUUUAAAUGCAUCCAAAUUGAUAUUAAUGAGCCUUGAAUUAGUCAUGUUUUUUAAAAGUGCAGGUCUAGUUAGGGAAAUGAGGCUUUGCUGAUAGAACUGUUAAAUUGCGAAUCAGUGGAGAUAUGGAUGAAAUUGGUUUAUUAAAAGUGCACUGUUACUUUCUUUGUUCAAUGCCACCUCGUUUAUAUUCCGUCCCUGCUAAUUACCAGUCGAGAAAGUUCUUGGGUUUGAUUAUGUUGGUGUUUUUUUUUUUUGAAUUUUAUUUUGAAUUGUUGAAUGUUGCAAACCUGAUUCUUGUUUCUCUCCGCGUGUAAUGUGCAGACAAUACAAAAAAAAAAACCACCGUCUUUGGUCAUUUCUGGUUGCAAUAAUAAAGAACUAGCUUUUUG